GAGCUGUCUCUGCGCUCUCAAUUCCUACCAUAGCCAUGGCCUAUAUCAAAGUGUCUGGCACAAAGCUCGUCGAUAAAGAUGGCAACGAGAUCAUCUUGCGCGGCGCCGGAUUGGGUGGGUGGAUGAACAUGGAGAAUUUCAUUUCAGGAUAUCCUGGUUGCGAGUUCCAGAUUCGUGCAGCGCUUGCCGAUGUCGUAGGAAAGGAGAAAUCUGAGUUCUUCUUUGAUAAGUUCUUGGAAUACUUUUUCUCGGAUGCAGACGCAGUUUUCUUCAAGAGCCUAGGCCUGAAUUGCAUUCGUUUACCCUUCAAUUAUAGGCAUUUUGAAGACGAUAUGAACCCUCGCGUCUUGAAACCGGAGGGUUUCAAACAUCUAGAUCGUGUAAUUGAUCUCUGUGCAAAGCACGGAAUCUAUACGAUUUUAGACCUCCACACUGCACCCGGCGGCCAGAACACGGACUGGCAUGCUGACGCUGGUACUCACAUCGCCAACUUCUGGGUCCACAAAGAUUUCCAAGAUCGUGCUAUCUGGCUUUGGCAAGAGCUUGCCAAGCACUACAAGGAUAACACUUGGAUCGCUGGCUAUAAUCCGCUGAACGAACCCACAGAUCCGUACCACACUCGUGUGAUCGACUUUUACGAUCGCGUCUAUCAGGCGAUCCGCGAGAUCGAUCCUGAUCAUGCACUUUUCCUCGACGGAAACACGUUUGCUUCUGACUUCUCGCACUUUGGUGAUUCACACAAGAAGUGGGAGAACGCAGCAUAUUCCAUUCAUGAUUAUUCCGUCUUCGGCUUCCCGAGCUCACCCGAGUCAUAUGCUAGCACUGAGACCCAGAAAAGACGACUCAGGCGCAGUUACGAGAAGAAACGACAAUGGAUGGACGAGCGUGGUUUGUGUGUUUGGAAUGGAGAAUGGGGCCCGGUGUAUGCGAGAAAACAGUACGAAGGCGAUAAGACAGACAAGAUCAAUGAGGAGCGGUAUCGUGUGCUUCAAGACCAGCUCGAGAUCUACAAUAAGGACCGUCUGAGUUGGUCUAUCUGGUUGUACAAGGAUAUUGGCUUCCAAGGCAUGGUUCACGUCUCACUCGACACUCCAUACAUGACUCUCUUCAAGGAUUUCCUGGCCAAGAAGCAUCGUCUCGCCGUCGAUGCCUGGGGAGCUGACGAAACCUGGGUGCGACCAGUAUACCAGCCUCUCAUCAACCUCAUCAACCAGGAGAUCCCUGCUAAAUUCCAGAAUCUCUAUCCUCAUCCUGUCUGGAAGUUAACCGAUCGUAUCGGCCGGCUUUCUCGUAUCAUCUUGAUAUCUGAGUUUUUGGUACAAGAGUGGGCUGAGCACUUCAGGGGAAAGAGCGAACAGGAGCUGGACGAGAUUGCAAGGAGCUUUAGCUUCGACAAUUGUCUCCACCGGGAUGGGUUGAACAAGAUUCUCACAGAGAAUGCCCAGCUCGUUGGUAAGUCGGCUUGAGGAAUGGGUAAGUGUCAUCAGUAAUUACCGUGUAACAUUAGUUGUUUUUGCUUUGGGAUUCGCAAUGGAAUGGAUGAGCUCUAGUAGUAGGAUGCUUGUAAUAUGGCUAAGUGAACAGUCUGCACUAAAUGUGGUAAUUAGUACUAGAAUCCAGUUCUUUCCAGCAACUCAACAUGCCAUGCUUCAGUUCAGCCCGAUGGUCUGGGAAGCAUGAUUUAUCGCU